AUGGCUCAGAGAAAAUGGACAGCAGCACAUCGAUUGAAGAAAAAACAGCUGAAACAAGAAGGCGUGUCAGCUAAUGUUUCGGUACCGUCAUCCACUACCAAAGUUGAUCUCAGAAAGAAAGAAGGAAAAAAAACACGUAGAUCUAAAACCCAAAAAUUGAAAAAUGAAAUAGAACAACUUCGUGCCACUGUACGUCAAUUAACUAAUGAAAACGGAAAAUUAAAAGUAUCUCAAUCUGAAACUCCACCACGUCCGUCGCCGAGUCCAAUUUUUCUUGACAAUAUUAGUCCUUCCGCUAAACGUCGUGCAAUCACACGUUUGAAAGAUGCAAAAGACACUUUGGCUCAUGGAACGCAGAAAGAUAUUCGAACAGAAUUAGGUGUAAAUCUAUCAAACCCUAGUGCUCCGAAGAAAACUGCUCCAUCAUUUAUUCAAACCACCAUUGAAAAUUUCCUAUGUCAAGAUCACAUUAGUAAAUUGUGCCCUGAGAAGAAUAAAAUCAUUGAUAAUAAACAAGUACGAUACUGUCUAAAUCAUCUAUCAACUCUCCAUGAGAUUUUUGAGUAUGAAACAGGUGUUGAAAUUGAUUAUGUGACAUUCACCAGAUAA